AUGGCGCCUAAGAAUCACUCAUUCCACCUUGCCGAACGACCCGAGGGCGAUAUCAUUCCGGGACGAACUUUCAAGUAUGUAGAGACCGAUGCACCUACCGCCGAUCAGCUGAAGGAUGGCGAGGUCCUCGUAGAAACCCUCUAUUUGUCUCUGGAUCCCGCUAUGCGCUCCAUGAUUCAUGACUUCAGGUCUUAUAUGCCGCCUGUUGCCAUUGGGGAGCUAAUGCGUGGAGGGAUUGUUGGUAGAGUUCUCGCAAGCAAGAGCUCUAAGGCGAAAGCAGGCGAUUUGGUCUCCAGUUUUGCUGGAUGGACCGAGGUUAUCAUCCUAGACGAUGCUAAAUAUGAGGUACUCAACUUGCCAACCGGCACUAAAGUUACUGAUGCGCUAGGAGGGCUUGGCUUAACUGGGUUAACAGCCUACUUUGGAAUUAAAAAAAUCGGCCAACCUAAGCUAGGAGAUACUGUUGUUGUUUCCGGAGCUGCAGGCGCGACAGGUUCCGUUGCCGGUCAAAUUGCUAAGAUCUGGGGUGCUCGCGUGGUCGGCAUCGCCGGCUCGGAUGAGAAGUGUAAGAUCUUAACAGAGGAGCUCGGCUUCGACGUCGCGCUCAACUACAAGUCGCCGACGUUCCGCGAAGACUUCAUCAAGGCUACGCCCAAGUUUAUCGAUGUCUACUUUGACAAUGUGGGCGGCGAGAUUCUCGAAAUGGCACUUGAUCAAGCCGCGGUGCACUCGCGUUUCAUAAUGUGCGGCAGCAUCAGCGGCUACAACAAGCUCGGUCAAGGACCCGGAGGUCUUCCAGAUAUAACCGGUAUUCGAAAUCUCCUCCGAGUGACUGUCCAGCGUAUCCGCAUGGAAGGUUUCAUCGUCAUAGACUACAUAAGUGAGUUUCAAGAAGCACAGCAGCAACUAGGGAAGUGGAUGGCCGAGGGUAAGGUCAAGACCAAGGAGACUAUUGUCAAGGGCGGUCUUAAAGUGGCGGAGACUGCGAUAGGCGAAUUGUUCACUGGUGGGAAUACCGGAAAGUUGAUCGUGGAGGUUAAGCCAUAUGACGAGUGGGCGUGGCGGCUGCCAUCGUUGAUACAGGGUAUUUUUUCGCUUUUUUGCAUUAUCAUACUACCUUUCGUUCCCGAAUCACCAAGAUGGCUUUGCCAUCAAGGAUAUUUUGAGGACGCGCGGAUUUCCGUAGCGCAAACAAAUACCAAUGGUGAUCUGCUAGACCCCGUUGCUAUCGCAGUGUAUAAGGAGAUUCUCGACGCCCUAGAGUGGGAGAAGAAAGAAGGCCGGUCAAUGAGUCCAAAGGAGAUUAUCAAGACCCCUGUCACGAGGAAGCGAUUUCUCAUCGGAAUGUCUGCAGGCCCCUUUUCAUGCGUCGCCGGCAACAUUAUCGCUUCGUAUUAUCUAGGUGCUGAGCUUCAGACCGCCGGAAUUACCGAUUCAACAGACCAGUUGAAGGCUAAUGUCGUAUUAAAUGUCUGGUGUCUUCUGUGUGCCUUAGUCGGUACGCACAUGGUGUCUCAGUGGGGCCGAAAGCCCACGGCCCUCGUUUCGGAGGCGCUCCUCGUUAUAUGCCUCUUUAUAAUCGGAGGGCUUUCCAAGAUGUAUGCCGAUAACCCCGCAAGCGCUUCUCAAAGCCUCGUAUAUGGAAAUGUUGCGGUGAUGUUCCUAUUCCAGGGAUUUUACUCCAUGGCUUGGACACCAUUGCUCUACCUCUAUCCCCCAGAGGUGUUUUCGGUUCGUCAAUACAUUUUCUCAGCCAAUGGUCUGGCUGCCUCGGCGCUCUCUUUAAACACUCUUGCAUGUGUGUUCGUAUUCAUCAUGCCCAUCGGACUAACCAAUAUCGGAUGGAGGAUGUAUAUGAUUAACGGUUCUUGGGAUAUUGUUAUCGCUAUACUUAUCGCGAUAUUUUGGGUCGAAACGAAGGGCAAGACACUGGAAGAAAUAGACGCCUUAUUUGAGGGCGAAAAACAUUCUUCUGUCCCUGAUGUGGAGAUGAUUCGGACUGGAAAAGCUAAGCUCGACGGUGAUACAAUGGAGCUAUCGAAUUUGAACUAG